CCAGAACCCUUUAUAGGGUCCUGGAACUUACUUGACAAUAUUCGUCUUCAUCGCCGUAGAACUGAUGCACCGAGCUCUACUCGUUUCCGAAAUUCUCCUGGAGAUAUUCAUACAUGUGAAUAAAAUCCUGGACCCACAUGCAUUAAUUUUGUCGUAUCGCGAGAUGUCAUUGGCGCGGAAAUCCUUUGCAGCACUUGCAAGGACAUGCAAACCUUUUCACGAGCCCGCUAUGGAUUUGCUUUGGGCUGAAUUGGACGGGAUGGGGCCAAUGUUAGGUUGUGUAAUGAGGCUACACCCAAUCAUAUAUCGUAGCGGUUCGAGCGCGUAUUUCCGACGGUUUGAAGGCGUCAAACCACUAUCUGAGCAUGAAGCCUGUCAAUUUUUGCGUCACGCCGGUCGUGUUCGUUCAUUGCAGAUAUUGUACAACGACCAUUUUCCCGUUCUCUCAGUCCUCCCGAUCGCGACAUGCAUGUUCCCGAGGUUGCUGUCGUUAUCAACGGAUCAAGAUCUGAAUAGAUACUUGCAUCUCUUCCUCUCCCCCACGCUGCGUCAUUGUUCUCUACCGGUCAUUCAUCCGGAUUUGAAAUCUGUUGCGACCCGUUGUGCUGCACUAGAAGACUUAUCCAUCAAGUCCUCCUUAAAAAGCAGAGAGGCAGAUAGGCAGGUGCUAUAUGACAGUAUCCGUUUGUGCAAGCGGCUUGUGACUCUAGCUUGCCCAUUGCUCAACUGGACAGCAUGGGAGCACCUUUCUAACCUCCCUACCCUUCUCACUCUGGAGAUUUGGGACGACUCUGCCGGCUCGUUGGACUGGCAUAAUAUCAACUUCGCACUUUUCCUCAACGUCACGAGACUAUCUUUCCAUACACGCACAUCCACAUACAUCGUUGCAGUCAUGCCACACUUAGAAUUCCCUUCGCUAAAUCAAUUCGAGAUGGAGGUUCAUUAUUUGCCUUGGGCAGAGGCCGAACCACUCUUUCAUGCACUGUCACGGUGCAAAACCCUUUCACACAUUGACAUCUACUCCAAACGUAAAGUUCAAGACCUCUUAGGCGGCUCCUUCACGCCAAUCAGACAAUCCCUUUGUUUCACACAGCUGCGAACCCUACGAUUCAAUUUUCCUUGUUCCUGCAUCAACCUUGACAACGACCUGCUUUUGGAAGCCAUGUCAAGUUGGCCGCACAUCCGCACGUUGGAAUUUAAGGAUCCACAGGCGCUACAGGCUACCGUUACCUUACGCGGAUUAUUCGCAGCGCUCCGUCGAUGUCCCCGCUUGCAUACGCUGGAUAUGCCAGUAGACCUCGUCGAUAUCGAUAUCGAUCCUGCAGCCGAGUCGUUCCAGGAUACCUCCCUACAAAAUCUGAUCUUGACCUCCUCUGACAUAACGGACGCUGAAGCUGUCGCCCGCAUCAUUUUCUUGGUGCUCCCUUCUGUCGAUCGAGUCAUCCCGCCAACUAACCAUGGAUACGAGCGCUCCUAUGAUGUUUGCCUUGAGGUGCAGAAGCAUCUUGAAUCUUAUAGAGCUUCUGCUGUUCUUGGCCAGCAUAUCACAGGAGCUGCUUUACAGACUUGAGUUUGUUGUCCGCCAGCUGCCGCCGAACCUUUGUGCUCUGUCGUAAUUGUGGUCAUUGCUGUUUACUGUAGUUCCAAUCGCUCUAUCCUCUUAUUGUUUCUGUCACGCAUUCUUGGUGCUUGAAUAUCAAACAAAGCAUUUUCAUGUAUCACGAGUAUGCAUACCUGUCUCCGCCCACCACCUCAAGUCAUUCG